AUGCAAGUGUCUGACGUGGAGACGUGGAGACGCAGAGAGAAAGGCUGUCGCAUCUCCAACUUGUUUUCUGUGAUAGAAAUUCCGGACCCAAGCACCUGGACCCUCAGCCCGGACGCCUCCUAUGUGUAUUACUGUGCCAACGAGACCGUGCACGGUGUGGAGUUUGACUUUAUCCCGGAUGUCAGGGGAGCCGUGCUGGUUUGCGACAUGUCCUCAAACUUCCUGUCUAAGCCAGUGGACGUUUCCAAGGUAGAGUCUAAAAGAGGCUGGGUGAGGGCACCCCAGCAUCUUGGUUUCUUAAAGGGCAUUUUAACAUAUACCAGAACAUUUAGCAUCUACGUCAUGGGCUUGGUUCUGGAGUGGAUUAAGAACAACGGUGGUGCAGCAGCCAUGGCGAAGCUUAGUUCCAUCAAAUCGCAAAUGAUUUAUGAUAUUAUUGACAAUUCUCAAGGAUUCUAUGUNUUGUUUUUCAGAUGUCCAGUGGAGCCCCAGAAUAGAAGCAAGAUGAAUAUCCCGUUCCGCAUUGGCAAUACCAAAGGAGACGAUGCUCUUGAAAAAAGAUUAAGUGUCAGGUGCAAGGGAAUACAUACGGGGAAGACCUGGGAGGCUUUUGAGAAGAAUGCCAUUGAGGCCAACGUGAGUCAGAAGAGCGUGGAGGGUAGGGGAGUAUUCCAUGAAGAAUAUGCUAUUCUGUACCUGCGAAGGCCUGAACUGGAGCAGUCCCAGGAAAUUCAAAGGCGUGAAGUUCAGGAUGGUUGGAGCAUGGAGGUGGAGAAGUGUGUCACAAUAGGGGAGACUGGAGAGACAAUGAAGACCUGCCAUGGAAUCUGGACUUGA